CGCUGCAUCGGGCUCGGUGACAGCAGAGGGCUGGAAACACCCUCGCCGAGCGCGGCGGGAGGCUCUGCUGCCAGCCGGCACCCGGCACCGACCCCCCCGAGCCUGGCAGCGCUGCCGAAGCAUGCGGAGCCAUGGGGCAGGGCUGCGGACACUCCAUCCUCUGCCGGAGCCAACCCUACCAGGCGGCCGCCUCUGACCUCCGCGGACCGCAGGUGUUCCUCCGCGGGGGCGAAGGAGGACGAGGGGGAGGAGGAGGAGGAGCUGAAGCGCUGCAGGAGGCCCUGCUGGCCCUGGGGGCGGCGCUGGACGCGGGAGGGCUGCGCGACGCUCUGCGCCGCGGCCUCGAGGGGCUACUGCCGCGCCUGGAGCAGCUCCACCUCUAUCUGUUGGAUGGGGACACGCGGCUGAGCUGCCACGACCCUCCCCAUGAGCUGCCCCAGCACGGCAAACUGCGGGACGCUGUGCGGCGUCAGAAGCGUUUGGAAUGUGGGGGACUCCUUCCCAGCGAUCUCCCCGACUCCCACCUGGGGGACCUCGUGGCGCCCAUCGCCCCCGGAACACAGGUCCUCAUCAUCCCGGUGGUGGACAAGGAGAGUGGGACGGUGGUUUGCGUCAUCUUGGUCCACUGCGGUCAACUGAGCGACGCCGACGAGCAGAACCUGCGCUCCUUGGAGAGACACACGGUGGUGGCCUUCAAGCGCCUUCAGGCCCUGCAGAAGCUGCAGCCGUGGCCCCAGGUCAGCCUCUCCACCAGCUCCUCGCAGACCUCCUUGGCCAAAGCCGAGAAGGUUCCGGAAAGCGGCUACAACGCCCUGGAUUCCAAGAUCCUGCAGCUCUGCGGUGAGCUCUACGACCUGGACGCCGCCUCCCUGCAGCUCAAGGUCAUCAACUACCUGCGAGAGGAGACCCAAUCCCUGAGCUGCUGCCUCCUGCUCGUCUCCGAGGACAACCACCAACUCUUCUGCCAGGUGGUCGGAGAUCGCGUCCUGGAGGAGGAGAUCAGCUUCUCGCUGACCUUCGGGCGCCUGGGACAGGUGGUGGAGGACAAGAAGUCCAUCACCUUGAAGGACAUCAGCGAGGAGGAGCAGAAGCAGCUGGGCACCAUGUUGGGCUGUGAGGUCACCUCCAUGCUGGGCGUCCCCGUCAUCAGCAGAGCCACCUCCCAGGUGGUGGCCUUGGCCUGCGCCUUCAACAAGCUGAGCGGGGAGAGCUACUCGGCGGCGGAUGAGCACAAGAUCCAGCACUGCUUCUGCUACACCUCCACGGUCCUCACCAGCACGUUGGCCUUCCAGAAGGAGCAGAAGCUCAAGUGCGAGUGCCAGGCGCUGCUGCAGGUGGCCAAGAACCUCUUCACGCAUUUGGAUGACGUCUCGGUGCUGCUGCAGGAGAUCAUCACCGAGGCGAGGAACCUCAGCAACGCCGAGAUCUGCUCCGUGUUCCUCCUGGACCGUCCCAGCCACGAGCUGGUGGCAAAGGUCUUCGAUGGUGGAGUGGUGGACGAUGAGAGCUACGAGAUCCGUAUCCCGGCGGAUCAGGGCAUCGCCGGCCACGUGGCCACCACCGGGAAGAUCCUCAACAUCAAAGACGCCUACGCCCACCCCCUCUUCUACCGCGGCGUCGACGACAGCACCGGGUUCCGCACCCGCAACAUCCUCUGCUUCCCCAUCAAGAACGAGAGCCACGAGGUCAUCGGAGUGGCGGAACUCGUCAAUAAGAUCAACGGCCCCUGGUUCAGCAAAUUCGAUGAGGACCUCGCGACCGCCUUCUCCAUCUACUGCGGCAUCAGCAUCGCCCACUCGCUGCUCUACAAGAAGGUCAAUGAGGCGCAGUACCGCAGCCACUUGGCCAACGAGAUGAUGAUGUACCACAUGAAGGUGUCGGACGAUGAGUACUCCAAGCUGCUGAGCGAGGGCAUCCAACCCGUGUCCACCAUCGACCCCAACUUCUCCAGCUUCACCUACACGCCGCGCUCGCUGCCCGAGGACGACACCUCCAUGGCCAUCCUCAGCAUGCUGCAGGACAUGAACUUCAUCAACACCUACAAGAUGGACCGCCAGACGCUCACCAGGUUCUGCUUGAUGGUGAAGAAGGGCUACCGGGACCCUCCGUACCACAACUGGAUGCACGCCUUCUCCGUCUCCCACUUCUGCUACCUGCUCUACAAGAACCUGGAGCUCGUCAACUACCUGGAAGACAUCGAGAUCUUUGCCCUCUUCAUCUCCUGCAUGUGCCACGACCUGGACCACCGAGGAACCAAUAACUCCUUCCAGGUGGCCUCGAAAUCGGUCCUGGCCGCACUCUACAGCUCCGAGGGCUCCGUCAUGGAGAGGCACCACUUCGCCCAGGCCAUCGCCAUCCUCAACAGCCAAGGCUGCAACAUCUUCGACCACUUCUCGCGCAAGGACUACCAGCGCAUGUUGGACCUCAUGAGGGACAUCAUCUUGGCCACCGACCUGGCCCACCACCUGCGCAUCUUCAAGGACCUCCAGAAGAUGGCAGAAGUGGGCUACGACCCCAAGAACAAACAGCACCACAACCUUCUCCUCUGCCUACUCAUGACCUCCUGUGACCUCUCCGACCAGACCAAAGGCUGGAAGACCACCAGGAAGAUCGCGGAGCUGAUCUACAAGGAGUUCUUCUCCCAGGGGGACCUGGAGAAGGCCAUGGGCAACCGCCCGCUGGAGAUGAUGGACCGGGAGAAGGCCUACAUCCCCGAGCUGCAGAUCAGCUUCAUGGAGCACAUCGCCAUGCCCAUCUACAAGUUGCUGCAGGACCUCUUCCCCAAAGCGUCGGAGCUCUACGAGCGGGUGGCCACCAACCGCCAGCACUGGACCAAAGUGUCCCACAAGUUCACCAUCCGGGGGUUGCCCAGCAACAACUCCUUGGACUUCUUGGAUGAGGACUACGACCCUGAGGGGACCGACGCUCAACUCAACGGCUGCGUGGAGUGACACCACCAGGGGACACCGCACCGCCCGGGGCCACCACCACCACCAUCUCCAGCCCUCGGGAGCUCCGGCCCAGCGGGAGGAGAAGGGGUUGGGUGGACACCAGGGGUUGGGGAGCACCAGGGUGAGGUCCGUUCUCCGGCGGUGGUUGUCCCCUCUGCUCCAGGGUAGGUUCUCAGGUGUCCCCUCCACCCUGGUGGCCCCUGGGACGCCGGGUUUUGGUGGCCGAGGACAUUGGGUGGAGGCGCUUUCAACUGCCUUAAGGUUGGAGAAGACGCGGUCCUACCUGGGGACAACGGGGACCGCGUCCUUGGUGGAACCCCUCCAUGGAGGUGUCGUCCUCUGGAAGUGGGGUGGGAGGUCCUCGUGGACCUCUGGGGCUGUGGGAGGAGGGCAGAGGACUCCGGAUGAGGUCCACCUAAGGAGAUCGGCUCUGGGUGGAGAAGGGAAGAGGCACCACCUGGAGAGCGAUGGCCGUGGAGAUGCUCCGCUGGUGUCUCCUCGCCCGUCCCCACCACAUGGAGAUCAUCUCCUGCCUCUUCCCAGCAGCUCCAUGGGAUGAAACCCCCCCGAGAUCCACCACCCCGUGGCCUCGUGGCCCUCCCCCAGCUCGGUCCCACCAGGCAGGUCCUCUGCGAAGGGCUACACGAGGCUCCUCACAGGGAGGUUGGGCUCCACCACGCAGGGUCCCCACCAUCAGGGGGGAUCUUCUCUGCCUCGGUGGCCACCCAGGAGUCUCCUCGAUGGAAGAAGCUGUCCCACCAACCAAGGUGGCCAUGAGCAUCUCCAGCGUGAGGGGCUUCACAACUCCUGCCAUGCUGACCACCAUGCACGGUCCCUGAUGGUCUCCUGUGGUCCUGCAGACCACCAUGAAUGGACCCUGAUGGUCUCCAGACCACCAUGAACGGACCCUGAUGGUCUCCUGUGGUCCUGCAGACCACCAUGAACGGACCCUGAUGGUCUCCAGACCACCAUGAACGGACCCUGAUGGUCUCCAGACCACCAAGAACGGACCCUGAUGGUCUCCAGACCACCAUGAACGGUCCCUGAUGGUCUCCUGUGGUCCUGCAGACCACCAUGAAUGGACCCUGA